UUUACAUAAGAUAACUGGGUCACCUGACUAUUGUAUCUCCUUUCAAAAUAUCUAAAAGAAUAAAUAAUGCUGGAAUAAAAAUGAGAUCCUAUAGACAUUAUUCAAUCGGCAAGUGUCCUUAAUUACAUUUAAUCGAUUCCCAACUGCGAAAAUAUGGAAUUUGCACAAAAAAAGGAAGGAAUCGAGAUAAUAGUAAAAAUUUAUUUAACGUUAUCGGCUGUCGAAUAUAAAAUAUUCAUCGGUUAGAUGUAGCGUCGGUCGUUAGUAAAACUAACGGGCAGCUAACGACGACAGUAUCUUUCACAGGAGAUCGAAACCAGCAACGAGUGCAAACUGUCCCUUUGUAGAGAUAAAUUGCUUCCACGAAACGUAUUUUAAAGUUCAUUGAUUCAGUUCCCAGUUAAUGUGAAUGCGAAGUAUUUUCAUUUUAAAAUUAGAUGACAACGGGAAUGUAUAUAUGUAGAUUCUUAUUUCUAUCCUCGGGUUCUUCAACUUGAAAAACAAUUCUCCACGAACGAGUGCACUCUCGCCGGAAGCGAAUGCCCCGAAGCAGAAUGCUCACUCGUUUAGGAAGACAACACCCAAGAGAAUUUUCUGGUUCAUUGAUAUUCAAGUAUUCGAAUUACAAGAGAUCCUCAAGGCGCUUAGCAGUCCAUUAAGUCGCGCAAAAUCGAUCAACGGCGCCGGUGGGGGAAACGUGGAGACGACGGCGCGAAUGUAAUAUUUAUUCAGUUAUUCUAGGAAUGUAGAAGCUCGCUUAUGUGACUCCUCACGGAAUUCGUUACUGUAACGCGUAGAGCUUUCGAGCAAGAAAGAAUUCCAGAUUUCAACUAAAGUACAUUUCCCUGCUUCCAGAUAAAUUUCGUUUGCCUUAGAGAUUUAAUUUAAGAUUCUUUUCAGAUCGUAUAAAAGUCAACUGAUAACGCGUUUCGAAAAUGAAUAAAAAUGGUUGUUAAGGAAACAAGUUGAAAGUUUUAUUGCCACGCCGUUUGUCAAUGUCUUCUCUCUAAAGUCUUCCUAUCUAUCUAUCGAACAGAAAAGAGCAACAACCUAAUUCUAUCAACUCUGUUUUAGUGCCAUUAUUCUUUUGAUAAUUAUCGAAGAUGCAACAGCUGGCACGAUUUAUUUGCACAGAUGGACAUGUAAAAUGGUCGUUGUUCCAGUCGCGGUGGUGGUGACAUUUUUCAUCUGCUGGGCGCCGUUCCACGCCCAAAGGCUGAUGGCUAUCUACGUAAAGAACAGCAGAGAUAAGACGAUACAAAUAGUCUAUACGAUCCUCAUGUACGUGUCGGGGGUGUUUUAUUUCCUGUCCACGACGGUGAACCCGUUGCUCUACAACAUCAUGUCCAACAAAUUUCGAGAGGCUUUCAAGCGAAUUGAAGUCCACUUUCAGUCGAUGCUGUCGAAUCACUGCGGCCGAAAAUCUGUCCCGCGGCAGCCGACGUACAGCAGCCUGUCCCGUUGCCCGCGCUCUACGUUUAGGCAGACGGACGAUCGUCAGAAUUCGCCGUCGAUCUCCGUCAGCGACGACAACCAAAAGCUUUGCCUUACGCGAACUACGAACGUGUCCGAGCUGAACGGCUGCAUGGAACGGAACGGUCACGAACGGUUAUCCGGCUCGAGGGUCAACAGGGGCAGUCGCGAGUACGGCAGAAGCGCGUCGAGGGGAUCGAACUCCAGUCAAUUAACCACGAUGACGACGAUUAGCAGGGGUUUCAACGAGGGUAACAACAACGUCGCCGUCGGUCACGUUAACGAGUGUCUGUUGAAGAUCCGAAGGCCACCGAGAGCUGUUACUCUUGGGUUACUGGCUGAAAGACUGAGACAGGGAACCAAAGGGCUGUUCUCCAGCCAGCAGAAGAACGCGGAAACGAAACCGGAGGUACUGCCGCCUUUUCAAAGCCAUCCGAGCAUCGAGAGCGCCAACACGAUCAGCAACUCAAGUUUGCAGGACUACGACGAGACGGAAUUCACCGGCACUGAACUGGCUCGAUACAUGGGCGAACUGAACAACGAACUGAUCACUUAACAUUCGGUUUAUCAAGAACGUAACCGUUACUCCGUUUUGGUGCGAAUACUCUAUCUCGUUCAAUACCGAUUGUUAGAGAAUCUCGAGAGGCUUAGAAUUUGAAUUAGUAAACGAUCCAGAAUGUUUGUAUAUUUAUAAACAGAACGAACGACUCUAAAAUUAGAGAAGUGAAACUGUUACCAUAACGUAAAUGUUUAAAACUGGAAACUAAAGAACGUAUUGUAAAUAAUAUCAUUCGCAG